AUGACAGUUUGCGAUUCUGACGGAUGUCCCUUGCUAAUUGUCGCGAUCAUCAACAAAGCUGACCUAAUACUGGACCUAUUGUUGGAGACCAGUACAGUCAAUAUCGAUACGCAGGAUGCAACCAGAAGAACAGCUCUCAUCACGGCCGCUAUAGACUGGGGUGAGGCUGUACCGAAAUUACUAGCCAAAUGCGACCGAUCGAAACCGAACCUAUACGUGCAGAACCGAGAAGAUCCUUACGAAAACCGAGUAUUAUCCUGUCUCAUCAUUUUCCCGGCCGGUCGAGUUGUCAGUGAUUUUGGGUCCGUUCGAGAGCUGCUUGAGGCGUUUCAUGAUGCGAUCAGAGCACAUCUGUCUCUCUUUGUAAAGGGGUCGAUAUUGCACCGGGAUAUAUCAUCCAACAACAUCAUUAUUACGGACCCGAGCAAGUCAGGUGGCUUUCAAGGGAUUCUUAUAGAUCUUGAUUUAGCAAAGGAACGAGACAGCGGACCAAGCGGGGCGCUGCACCAGACAGGAACGAUGCAAUUUAUGGCGAUUGAGGUGCUCCGCGGGACAGAACAUACGUAUUGUCACGAUCUCGAGUCAUUUUUCUACGUAAUGCUCUGGAUGUGUGCGCGCUGCGCUUGGAAGAGCUUCUGCGGAUCUGACGAAACAGAGCCUAUCGAUAGUAUUCUGUGUAAGUGGGAAAUUGGAAGCUUCAAGGACAUUGCAAAUGCAAAGGAAGGACAUAUGACUGUGAAUGUUCUCAAGCGUAUCAUGAGCGAAUUCCCGAAAGCUUUAGAAAUGGUGAAACCACUUUGUCUUAGUAUUAGGCCAGUACUUUUCGGAGAUACUGCAGAACUGAUUACCGGAACACCUUCAGGUGAGCCUGAUCGGCUUUACAGUGCUAUUAUCGACGCCUGCAGCGAGGCUAUUGAGCAUUUAUAG